AUCGGCGAGUGCCCGGCCGGCCGCCGGCGCGAGGACGCGCGAUGUUGAGCCGGCUUCAGGAGCUGCGCAAGGAGGAGGAGACGCUGCUCCGCUUGAAAGCGGCCCUGCACGACCAGCUGAACCGGCUCAAGUAUGGUCGCUCGAUACAGCUCUCGUCUCGCAAAGCCGACCGGCUGGCGGAUGCGCCCACUCUGCGAAGGGAGACGGUUGAAGAAAUGGCCCUCCAGUCAAUGAUUAGUUCUAGAAGAGAAGAUGAGGUGCUGUCUUCUCAACCUGCACCUGAACAGUCACAUGAUCAGAUGUUGGUGCACGUAGACAAUGAAGCAUCAAUCAACCAGACUGCACUGGAGUUGAGCACAAGGAGCCAUGUGCCAGAAGAGGAGGAGGAGGAGGAGGAAGAAUCAGAUUCCUGAAGGGGAGGAGAGCCAGGGUUAGUCAUAGGAGUUAAGUUCUAAGCCUCAGGAACUUUCUCUCUUCACAGAAUUCUUGCCAUGGGCCCUGUGGCCUCCUUUAAAAGGAAGCAAGAACUUUAGGAAGAUGAGUAGUUGUAAAAAUGGUUCCAUCAAUAACUCAAGUUUCAGAGUGCUUUAACCAAAAUUAGUGACGUACAGAAAAGCAGAGAUGCAGUGUUUCAAUACUGAGCAAUAUGGGUGGUGCUGUGUUUAUAUUCUGGUCAGAUUCAGUAAUUGUGUUCAAAACCAAAAACUUACUCUGAAAUGCUAUUGAGAAGGUCUGGCAUUUGCAAAAAGGGUAGAGUUUAAAUACAAGCCAGCCUUUCCAAUCGACAAUGCCUCUUUUAAGAAAACCAAUUAUAAAGACAGUUUGCAUGCCAUUGAACCCUUGUGAGCAGAGCAAGGCCACAGUGUGGGAGAGAAAGAUGACAGAGGACGACAGAGGGCCACUUGAGAGCACGAGCUGUUGCCACCUCUCAGUGACAUCAUAAAACUGCCUACUAACAUGCUUUGUAUGGCUGUCAUCACAUCUAGGUUGAGACCUCACUAUGGUAAAAUGUGCUUAGAAAUAAAGAUAAAUAGUCGUCAUGCAGCUUGCUGCUUUCCAGACAGAAACAGAGAAAAGGGUCAGUUCCUCUGGGGCGAACAAUACGGUAGGAUGGUUGAAAACCCAUUUCUGGACUUAGGAAACGUGCCAUUGAAGGAUCACUAGGCUUGGGAGGUUGGGUUUUGUAAUAAAGAGAUGAUAGUUACAGAGUAAGAGUUGUUAAACUUCGUAUUUGAAGUUGAGACUCAAUUUCUGCGUACUGUCCCUUUUCCACUGAAUAUACAGACAAGUAGUUGCUUAAUUUUGUGAAAGUAAUUGGCCCUGCCCAGAAAAGCCAAACAAAACACAACCUCCUCAAGCACAGCUCCUUACAAAACUGUUCCAGAAGAGAGCACAGACAUAUUUGUUAAUAUUUCAUUAAAGUUAUUUUGAGCUACUCUUACAGGAAGUAGCCAGAAGUUUAACUGAGCAUGUUUCUUGAAAAACUGUGUGAAAAUUAUUUUGCAACAAAAAGCAUCAAGGUACACAUUUGGGGGGCUAACUUAAAAUAUGAGCAUGGGUUUUCAAGAGCUAGAAAAGUUAGGUAUGAAUUCUAGCUUGACCACCAACUGGUUGCUUGCUUUUCACCUUUGCAGCUCACUUUCCCAUGUAUAAAAUGAGAGUACUCAUAUCUGCUCUAGUAGUUUCACAGGUCCUUGUGAGACACUCACAAGGCAUCCUUUAAAGGUCCAACUAUUGGCAAUUCCCUGGCGGUCCAGUGGUUAGGACUCCGCGCUUUCACUGCCGAGGGCCCGGGUUCAAUCCCUGGUGGGGGAACUAAGAUCCUGCAAGCCUUACGGUGGCUGGGGAAAAAAACAAAUCCAACUAUUAUUGGCGUCUCAGGAAGUUUGAGUAAGGAAUUUGGCCUGAGGAACUCAAAAAACACAGCAAGAGUAAUGUAGGGAACAUUCUUGAGAAUUAGAUCAUUCUUGGUGAAAAGUACUAGGAAGAAAUCUUUUUGACUCUCAAAAUGAAAUAUCUUUGGAUGUGAAUAGAGGAUUUAAAACACCCGUCAAAAGACAUUGACCUUGGAAGUGUUCAGAUCCAGGUUUUAGACACCAGGUUACCCCAUUCAUUAGUUGGCACACUUUGAGACAUUCUCAGUGGUGGUGACAUCCUCUCUGUUAGGAAAAGACCCUGGGUGUGAGUAGGGUAUGGGUCUUAAACCUCGUCUGAAUGUUUGUGUAUUGAAAACAUGUAAGUUAGGCUGUUGACUUAGAACGGAUGUUAGCCUCGCAGUGAGAAAAAAUAAAUG